GGAAGCGGCCGGGGCCGGGGCCGGGGCCGGGGCCGGGCUCACGCUCACGCUCACGCUCACCUCCGGCGGGGGGGGCGGCGGCGGCGGCGGCAUGAACGGCAGCGUGGCGGGCGGCGGCCUGGCGGAGGAGGAGAUCAGCCUCACGCGGGGGCCCUCAGGGCUGGGCUUCAACAUUGUUGGUGGGACAGAUCAGCAGUACAUUUCCAAUGACAGCAGCAUCUAUGUCAGCCGGAUCAAAAAGGAUGGGGCAGCUUACCUUGAUGGCCGAUUACAAGAAGGAGAUAAGAUUUUAGCGGUCAAUGGCAGAGACUUGAAAGAUUUACGGCACAAGGAUGCUGUGGAACUGUUCAGGAAUGCAGGCUAUGAUGUGUCUCUGAAAAUUCAGCGCAGGUUGCAGCCACAAAAUGGCCCGGUGAGUCAUCGAGGUGAUGGAGAAUCAGGUGGGCUUCCUCUAGCAGCCAUUCUUGUGCCAGGCCUGGCGCUUGCCGUGGCAGCAGUCUGGAUCGUGCUGAGGUAUCGACAGCGGAUGUGAAGAGUUCGUGCUUUGGAUGUUACUGCAUAUUUUACACAGCUAGGAUGUAAUUUAAAGAAAGAGAGAAUCAACGAUCUUAUCACAGACUGAUGUCCAAAAGCAUCAUUGCCUAUCGUUAAGCUGCUGCUAAUGUUCUUUAUAUAUCGAUUUCCUUGUGGGGUGGAUGGAAGCAGAAAGGCAAAGGGGAAGAGAGAUGACUGUGUUCACAUGUAGAGUGGCAUAGCUGUAUUUUUGACUAGUCUGAGGGAGUUUUUGGCUAUGUCCCUCUUUUCUGCACUGUGAACUUUCAAACAUGCUCAUAUGUUCCAUGUUUUGAGAUGUGACUCCUAUUAAAGAGGGAGGGUGGGCUAGGGUGGUUUUAAAGCAAAAUUUUUUACUAGAGACUUUGCCUGUUCCCACUGAAUUUUUCUUGCAACCAAUCAUCCCUGUCUCUGAGCAAUGAAUAAAGAGAAGCAAUGUGGAGGGUAUCUUAUUUUUCCAUUUAAAUUUUUUUGGUUGUUGCUAAAUGAAUGCCUUAGGAAAUGUAUAAACUUUGAUCUGUGAUUUCACAGGUAAAAUUAUCAGUGUAGCUGCUGAUUUAAAGCUAACAUGCAGUCUCGGUGAGAUAUUCUGCUGUUUCUGGAAAGACAGAAGAUAGCCUGCUGCUGGAAAGAAAUUAUGAUUAUCAGAAGGGCUGCUCAUUCUUGAGUCAGAGUUGCAAGAGGAAGCUUUCCACAAAGUGCUAGUAUUCGGGAGAGAGAGAGACAGGCAGACUACUGAAUCACAAGGGUAAGCAACAGCAAGAGAUUUGGUCAUGCUGAGGCUGCAGAAGGGUCUUCAAAGUGUCAGUGAAGCAAUAGCACCUCCAUCCAUCAAGCUACUUGAAGUCUGAAUCUUCCAGGUUAAAGGCCUUCGCUUUGUUUUGGGGGUUAUUUUUUGCAUGGGAAAUACUUUAUCUGAUUUUUUUUUGUAGCAGCUAACUUGCUUUCUGCCAUCACAAAAAUCUUAGGAUGAUGGAAGUGGGGGAGCCCAGAGCAGUCUGAGUUCAUCUUGGCUAUUGGUUAUUUCCUAAGACUGAUGUAGUGUUGAGGAGAUAGGCUGGCAAGUGUUAGCCAUGGUAAGGCUUCGUAAAUAAAACAGAAGGAAGAAACCCUUACUCUGUAAAGAGUGUUGCUGAAAUUACCUGCAGGACUUUAUUUCCUCACUGUGAUUUGUAUGGUUUUAAAUGCCUCAGCUGACCUGAGCUCUGUGGAGUAAGACCUAUUUCUCUUGUCUCCAAGAAAUAAUGCUUUUGUUUGUUUUUGUAAAAGAAAAGCAAAAUGUAUGGUCUAGUCUGUAUAAUGCCAAAAAAAAAUCACAUAUGCAAUGUAUAUGUAUUCAAACAAAGAAAUCUAACUGGUCUCUUGAUGCUUUA